UGUUGUGGGACACCCACUCUGCUGUCAAUCAAACUUUGUGUGUGUGUGAGAUGAGCAGAAAAGCAGGAUUCCUUGUCGCAGCAACAACAUCCGUGUCCACAAGGGAUGGAGAGGCUACGUGCUUGCGAGUCAGUCAGCAGCCUGAGCGACUCGUCAAUGUCAAUCAACGUGCUGAGCGUCGCUUUGGACAUGGACAAGUGUGACUUCCUGGGCAUCAGCGUGGUUGGCCAAAGCCGGGACGAAGGCGCCGGCGUGUGCGUCGGAUCCAUCGCGGAGGACGGCGCCGUGGCGGCCGACGGACGCGUUCGCAGCGGAGACGUCUUGAUACGGGUGAACGAGGUGAGCCUGGAGAAGGCGAGCAGCUCGCUGGCCGCGCAGAUCCUCCGAGAUGCCGCCCAGAGGCCGGGCCUGCUGUCGCUGACAUUCUUGCGCUUUUGGGAGCCGGCGCCCGACGGCCUCUUCACCUUGCCGAGAGGCGAGCCGGUGCGUCCGAUCGACCCGGCCUCCUGGGUGUCCCACACGGCGGCGGUGACGGGGAAGCUCCUCCCACCUUACGGUGACGACGAGCAUCUGAGCGUGGACGGCGACAUGGCGACGGUCGUCAAGGCGAUGAUGAGGAGCGAUUCGGGCGUGGCGGUUCGCGACCGGAUGUGGCUCAAGGUGCUCAUCCGCGACGCCUUCACGGGUACGUGCGCGCCGCCGGCCGCGCGCACGCGCUUACCUCGC